CCAUUCCAGCAGUUCCUAGAGGACGCCCCCAUCAGCCACAAGUGGUUGGGGUUCCAAAGAGAAGCCUUUUGUUUAGUCCACAUGGGCCACUAUGCAGCUGGACUAGCCCCCACCUUUCCUCCGUUACUGGGGGCUGUGGGAGCCCAAGAAGAGCCAGCAGUGACGGCGCUUGCGUGCCAGGAUGUCGGCAGGCCAGUGAAGAUGACCCCGCUGGCGGGCGACGGCUCCGACUACGACUACGACUACAGCGCCCUGAGCUGCGCCUCCGACACCUCCCUGGGCACCCCGCCCCCGCAGGCGCAGGAGGCCCGCAAGGGAGCCUUCUACAGGAGGGCGCGGCCGGCCCCCCGAGCCGGCCCCCCGCCGCUGUCCGACGCCCGCAAACUCCACGCCAUCAUCAACGUGGGCGGCGUGCGCUACCAGCUCCCCUGGACCACCCUGGAGGACUUCCCCCUGUCCCGCCUGGGCCGGCUGCACCUGUGCGGCAGCUUCGACGAGAUCAUGCACGUGUGCGACGACUACGACGUGGCUCGCAACGAGUUCUUCUUCGACCGCAGCCCCUGCGCCUUCCGCACCAUCCUGACUUUCCUGCGGGCGGGCAAGCUGCGCUCACUCAGGGAGAUGUGCGCCCUCUCCUUCAGGGAGGAGCUGCUCUACUGGGGGGUGCCCGAGGAGAGCCUGGAGUGGUGCUGCCGCCGCCGCCUGCAGCGCCGCCUGGAGGAACUGGAGGCCGUGGAGCGCGCCGCCGAGGAGGACCAGCUCCCGCGGGACCCCAACGAGUCGGACAGCGAGGGGCGUCCGGCCGAGUCCCGCUUGAGCGCCUUCAUGGCCGAGCUGAGGGACAUGGUGGAGAGACCUCACUCUGGGCUCCCCGGGAAGAUCUUCGCCUGCUUGUCCGUCUUGUUCGUCACCAUCACCGCCGUCAACCUCUCCAUCAGCACCAUGCCCGCCAUGAGGAGGGAGGAGGAGGCGGGCACGUGCUCCCAGAUGUGCUACAACAUCUUCAUCGUGGAGACGGUGUGCGUGGCCUGGUUCUCCCUGGAGUUCUCCCUGCGUUUCAUCCAGGACCGCUCCAAGCUGAGCUUCCUGCGUCAGCCCCUCAACCUGAUCGACGUGCUGGCCAUCCUGCCCUACUACAUCACGCUGCUGGUGGACGCCGCUUCCACGGCCGAGCGCCGCCCCGCCUCGGGCACCAGCUACCUGGACAAGGUGGGCCUGGUGCUCCGCGUGCUGCGGGCGCUGCGCAUCCUCUACGUGAUGCGGCUGGCCCGCCACUCGCUGGGCCUGCAGACGCUGGGGCUGACGGCCCGCCGCUGCACGCGCGAGUUCGGCCUGCUGCUCCUCUUCCUGUGCGUGGCCAUCGCCCUCUACUCGCCGCUGCUCUACCUGAUGGAGAACGAGAUGGCCGCCGCGCCGGAGUUCACCAGCAUCCCCGCCACCUACUGGUGGGCCGUCAUCACCAUGACGACGGUGGGCUACGGCGACAUGGUGCCCCGCAGCAUCCCGGGCCAGGUGGUGGCGCUGAGCAGCAUCCUGAGCGGCAUCCUCCUCAUGGCCUUCCCCGUCACCUCCAUCUUCCACACCUUCUCCCGCUCCUACGUGGAGCUCAAGCAGGAGCAGCAGAGGCUCCUGCAGAGGAGGACGCACUUCCUGCUGAGGGGCCACUUGGGGAGCAACCUCUCCCUGGAGAGCGACAUGCUCUUCCCCAUCGGGACGUCCGACGCUCCGGACGGGGACGACUGACGGGGACGACUGACGAGGACGACUGACGGGGACGACUGACGAGGAGGUGAGGAGGAGAAGUCUUCGCAGGACGCGGCCUUCUCAUGUGACACGUCCUCAUCCUCUUCCAUUCCAACAAUGCUCAGCAGCUACACCACACGUGCUCUCUUUCUAGCGCAAAGAGGCGGAGCCAGGAGAUCGCCGGAGAAGAAAACCACUCCUACUUUCUACAAACGGCUUCAUUUUCUUCCCCUAAACUAACUCUCCACAUGCUCAUUCCUUGACAACCAAUGUUGGAGAGCUGCAACUACUGUAUGUUGUGCAACACGAUGGUGUAACAGCAGUCAUGCACAAACUGCUCAGUCGGCAUUGGCAGCAGCGCACGCCGAGCUGGCGAGCGUAUUACACAACACCGAUGCCACAGAACCAACCGUUGUUUACAGCGCAUGCAGACCUUGCAAGUGUAUUAACACAGCAGCCAAAGAACCAACGAGCAUUAGAGUUGCCAUUAAAAGAGUUUGUUGUCAAUGACAGUUUAAAGCGCACGCUGAACUCACCAAUCUUCUCUAUUGUGCAACACCGCAGCCGCAGAGCCAAUGUUGUCAGUUCCGACAGUUAAAAGCGCAUGCAGAGCUGUCAGGUGUAUUGUUAACAACACAGCAGCCGCAGAACCAAUGUUGUCAGUUCCAACAGUUAAAAGCGCAUGCAUAGCUGUCAGGUGUAUUGUUAACAACACAGCAGCCGCAGAACCAAUGUUGUAGCAGCGUUGAGGCAGCAAAUGCUCAGUUAGCAUUAGUAGCAGGGAUGUAAACAACAGUUGAAAGCGCAUGCGGAGCUGGCAAGUAUGUUGUUAACAACACAGCAGCCACACAACCAAUGUUGUAGCAGCGGUGAGGCACACUGCUGAGUCAGCAUUAGUAGCGGGGACACAUCAUUAGGUAUACGUAUAGCCUACAUCGUGCAUACUGUGCUGUAAUCAUCGUCAUCGUCACCAUUGGGCUGGGUGUACCUAAUGAAGUGUCCACUGAGUGUGGCUUGGAUCCAAAUGAUUGGCAUGGUUACGAUGGACGUCCACGUUGGCAGGUGAUUAUUUCAUGUAUUCAUUUCAUUUUUAUGAUCAUCCAUUAUUAUUAUACUCAUUAUUAUGGAUGGAUUCUAUUCUUCCUUCAGCUCUGAUGUCAAUGUCCCUCUUAUUCUGGUAAAACUGCUACGUUUUUCUUCAUGAGAAUAUGACUGAAAAAAAAUAUAUAUAUAUAUUUGGACUUUACUCUUGUCAAAUUACAGCUGUUUCUCAACUAUCUCAACUUUGCAACUAUUAAAACUUUAUUUAUACAUUUUCUUUUCAUAAUAUUAUGACUUUAUUUCCAUAAUAUUAAUACGUUUUUCCCAACCAGAUAACGUCAAAACGACAACUUUAUGAGUUCUGAUUGCAACUUUAAAAAACAACAACAUAUUUUUCUGUAGUAUUCUAUUAAUGUGUAUUGUCGUGAAAUUGCGACUUUUCUUGUGUGAAUAUGAAUUUCUUCUUUAAUGUUCGGACUUCAUCCCCAUAAUAAUUCACCUGCCUCAUUUUCCCAUGGUUACAACUUUUUUUUGCCUAUGUAACGACUUUAAAAAAUCAAAAUAAAACGUUCUUCUUUAAUAUUUAAUAUAUGCUAUAAAUGACACUAUUUGUCUUGAGAUGAUUCCACUGAAAUGCUUGGAAAAUUCCAAAUAAAAAGCCA